AUGGCAUCAACAAACCCAUUGAUGAGAAUGAGUGCGAUGAAUAAACUCAAGCCAUUUUUCAAUGGAGCAAAAAAUGAAGACGCGCCGGAAUGUUACGAGCGUGUUCGUUACAUUCGAGAUUCGUGUAAAGCUCUUUCUGAUAUUUGGAAAUCGGAUAAGGAUAUUCUGAAUAAAAGCAUUGAAGGUGAGGUUGCGAAAACGUUGAAAGAAUUUCGUGUCAGUGAGAAUGCACGAGCUUAUUAUUCGCCACAUGGUGCCACAGGUUCACCGUCGAUAUUAAAUGCAACAGUUGAAGACUUAAUUAUGAUACAUGAAACGAUCGAUGAAGAUAGAAGAAGAUGGCUUGAGAAAUUUCGAAAAAUUGCUGAACAAGCGAAAGAAAAACAGUCGUCGAUUCGCCAAACAAUGGCAGAUUUACGUGAUAAUUACGAUCGUGCUCUGAAAAAAUUUGAGACUGCGGAAGCGAACUUGAAAAAGUUUCGAAAUCGAUCAGAUCGUUCUACUGUGCAGAAUUAUGACGACCGUUGCCGUGAAUUAGAAGAUAUUCGUAGUGAAUGUGAUCAAGCUCGAAUUUUAGCUCGUGAUGCCUAUGCAACAGAAACUUAUCGCAUAGCUAGUGAAGAACAUUCCAUUUCACGUGAUCUAUUUGCUCAAAUUCUUUCGGAAGAACAGACGUUCUAUCGUGAUAUUGAACAGUAUUUAUCCAAAGAAAUUCCGCGCAUUCGAGGGCGGUUAGAUGCUGAUCAAUUAACUCCAUGCUUUCACUGUGAUCUCGCUGAACAUUGUACUAAACACAUUGGCCGUCCAAUAGCAUAUCCGAUUGAAACUUGUAUUCAUCUACUGAGAGGAAGCGAAACAGAAGAAGGUCUCUUUCGAAUUGCACCAGCACAUGGCAAACAGAAGAAACUAGUUGCAGAAUUAGAUUUACAAUUACUGAAUAAGCACUCGAGAUUAAACGUACUUGGUUAUGAUGCACACGUUGCGGCAGGAACAUUGAAACAAUAUCUAAGAGAAUUACCAGACUGCUUACUUACAGAUAAACUUUUAUCACAAUGGAUAGAAGUUCCAACAUUAAGUACUGACGAAGCCCGUAUUCAACGAAUCGGUGAAUUGAUUAGUCAAUUGCCUAAAGUCAACUACGAUAAUCUCUGUUAUUUGAUCCGUUUCCUCAGUGAUGUAGCGGCAAAAAGUGCGGAAAAUAAAAUGACUGCUGGUAAUUUGGGUAUUUGUAUUGGUUGCAGUAUUCUCUACGCUAAAGAUCAGCCAUCAAUUCCUAUGAUGUCGAACUCUUAUACACAGAGUUCCACUAUAGUUGAACUAAUGAUUGUUCAUCAUAAGAAGUUGUUUCCGUCCAACGAAAAAAUGGAAUUACGAACUCAGAUAGAGCCAGAUAUUAUUCCAAAGGGCCGUCCAACGGAAAAUUCUUCUGUUCCGGAGGGAGAUCUACUCAAUAUUGAAACUUCUGAACCCUCACCACCACAAUCGCGUAAGUCGCAAGCACCCCGUGCGCCAAGUGUUCGACAAGCAUUCAUUCAAGCUGAAUCAACACAAAAUCCUCGAACAGAAGGCGAUCACCUCUCAGCAAAACAACAGUCUGCUGAAUCAAUAACAGCACCAAGUUCUCCGGGUCUGAAUAGACAUACCCGAAAUCCGAGUUGUGAUUCGGAAUUAGAUCGUUCAUUUGUUCCACCGCCUGUUCCGCCGCCACUUCGACCACGACCUUCGAUUUCAAGAAAAGAACUCGAAAGAUCCGAUUCAACAUCCAGUGAUGCAUCAUUCUUGUCACCAACAUCCAAUGAUGGUGUUCAAACGAGUAAAUCCACUUCGGAUAUGCAUAAUCGAGCGAACAAUUCAGGUCCGCCAACGAACCUUCGGCUUUCAUCGCAUCGAAAACCAACUUCACCCGAGGAAAUCACCCAAUUCUAG